CCCCAUACCUGUUCUAGGGAGACGCGCGAGACGCGACCCGCGGGGCGGGGGCGGAGACAGCUCCCGCCCCGGACGCCUGGGUCCCUUCCCUCCCUCCUUCCCGGGCGUCCGUCGGGGCGGAGACCGGCGCCUGCCCGCCCCCCCGGGCCGGUCCCUCCCUUAUAAAGCGCGGCCGGCGCCGAGAUAAGCUCAGCUGCGCGCAGCGCUGCGCUCCACUUCCUGCGCCGGCACCGGGAGCCGCCCAGAGACCUCGCCUCUGCUCCAGGUGAAAUCCCUCCUUCACAACAAUGCCGGGCACCUGCGACGCCCCGGGGCGGACGCCCAGCCUGGUGACCUUGAACGUCGGCGGCAAGCUCUACAGCACCACCCUGGACACGCUGACCCGCUUCCCCGACUCCAUGCUGGGCGCCAUGUUCCGUGGCCCCCAGCCGGCCCUCACCGACAGCUGCGGCAACUACUUCAUCGACCGCGAUGGCAAAGCCUUCCGCCACAUCCUCAACUUCCUCCGUUUUGGCCGACUGGACCUGCCUGAGGGCUACGCUGAGCUCUCCCUCCUGCGGGCCGAGGCGGACUUCUACCAGAUCCGGCCACUCCUGGAGGAGCUCCGGCGGGUGGAAGCGGAGCGCUGGCGGCAGAGGAGGAACGCAGUGCUACACGCCGACGUGGACGUGCGGAAGCGCCUGGUGCACUUCAACGUCCGCCGCGGGCCGCAGAACUACGAGCUGAGCUCCAGCUGCCUGCAAAUCUUCACGGCCAACGUCUUCUGCACCGAUAAACACUUCUUGGCUUUGCUGCGGAGGCGGCUGGGCCAGUCGGGGGGUGGCGUGGAAGAGGGGCAUUCUGGGAAGGCUGUGGGACAGUUUUCGAGGAAUACGGGCACUGGCAUGGCGAAGGAUUCCGUCGUCGGCAAUGGAGAUUUCGGAGGGCGGCAGGGUGGUUCGGGGACCGGCGGCGAGCUGGGGAUUUGGCCGGGCGACUCCACGGACGACGACGAAUCGGACGAGGAGGCGUGGGACUACUCCCCUGUGGGCACCAAGACGUGCCACCACCUUUGCCUGGAGUGGGCGCCGCGCCCAGCCGAACUUCCGGUGGCUGAGUACGCCAAACAGAAGUUGCAACCUCUGGCGGUUGGCGGGCGGGAGGUCCGUACGGGCCACGAGUUCCUGGAGGAGGUGCUGAAGGUGGCGCUGGCGCAAGGCUUCCGCGUGGAUUCCGUCUUCCCCGACCCGGCGGAUAUCCUGAAUGCCCGCUCUUUGCGGUUCGUCCGGCACUGAGCCUUAUGUGACCAAAUGCCGGGGGCGGGAAGGGGGAGAGUAGCAGCGCCGCGCAAGGAUCAGCGCCGUCUUAAAGGAAGAUGGAGAUGGUUUUUAUUAAAGUCUCCUGUGCCUUCGGCUUCCAGUUCCCACAGCUGAGCUGAAUUUCUGGGGUUCUCCGUCCUGCCUCACCUCGCCCAAAUCUUCCACCUUAGAACCACAGCAACCAAAUACCCUACAAAGGGGAGACUGGGCUGAAGACGGCUGGAUGGGUUUCGAAACAUACAAGUGCAUUUUGGGGGGAGAAUCAUCGCCAUGCAAACAGACAUUUGUUAACGCUUUUCACUGAGGACACUUUGUUUGACGUUAGGGUGAAAUGGGCUGCCUCCUGGCUUUAGCAAUUGUGUGCCUUUUGGAAAACCCAAAAAGCAUUUUUUUAACACUCACAAAUUGAACCUUUGAGGGGUUUUUAGGAGGUGGGUCUGGAGUCUUAAUGAUGAAACCGGUUUCAAUCCGGUUUGGUUUUGCAAGGAGCACUGUGGCUUUUUGAAAUUUAGACCUCUUGUCUUGUUUCUGACUGCCUUGUAGAUUUAUUUAUUUUUAGGCACAUAAACACUUCUCAGGUGGUGGGAAUGUGUCCACUGCCUAGGCUAACCUUUGUCAAACUGGUGACCUCCGGACUACAACUCCCAUCAUCCUCAGCGCCGUGCUGGCGGGGCAUGAUGGGAGUUGUAGUCCCAUCGGCAGGCCGCCAUGUUGGCAAAGGCUGGUCUAGCAGACUUCCUGGUCGCUAAGUGGGUAUAAACUUUACAUUUUCCUCUCGCAUCAUUCCCUCGAACAUCUGGAUAGUUGCUUUUUGAAGCUGUGUUUUGGUGGAGACGCACACCCCCUCCUUCGGAAACGGCCUGGGCCUGUUGGAAGAAAAAAUAUUGCAUUUGCCACGGUGGUUCUCAGGGCACCUGGAGAUGCCCUGUUAGUGCCCUCUGUGUGGCCUGUAUUCUCGUCGGUUAGAGAGCCAAACAUCUGUUUUGGGAGAAGGGUCACUACCAUCCUCCUUCCGCCGCUGACGGUGAGCAGGUGUGUCAGCCUCAGAGGUUGACCGCGGUGUUGCAGUACAAUAAAGCUUGCUUUUUAAUAAAAAUAUACAGACUUUGGUGAGGAUAUUGGGGGGUGGGAAUGGAGGAAAUUGGGAAUUCCCAGAAAAUGGACACCUUUGUUUGUGGAUGUGCGGAGAAGCAAACAUAAAAAUAAAUUCCUGCCAUAUCAGGCAAUGUAGCACAGCAUCCUUGCAGUAGCUUUAGAGCAAAACAACAACAACAAACCGAUGGUUACGUGAAACAUAAUAAACACACAAGACGUAACAGGCUGUACUUUUGAAUAAAUAAG